CCCGCUGCGUUGCCCGCCUCGCCACCAUGACGGAACAGGCCAUCUCAUUCGCGAAGGACUUCCUGGCCGGAGGCAUCGCCGCCGCCAUCUCCAAGACGGCCGUGGCCCCGAUCGAGCGGGUCAAGCUGCUGCUACAGGUACAGCACGCCAGCAAGCAGAUCGCGGCCGACAAACAGUACAAGGGUAUCGUGGACUGCAUCGUGCGCAUCCCCAAGGAGCAGGGUGUGCUGUCCUUCUGGAGGGGCAACCUGGCCAAUGUCAUCCGCUACUUCCCCACGCAAGCCCUCAACUUCGCCUUUAAGGAUAAGUAUAAGCAGAUCUUCCUGGGGGGCGUGGACAAGCACACGCAGUUCUGGAAGUACUUCGCCGGCAACCUGGCCUCCGGCGGGGCGGCUGGAGCCACCUCCCUCUGCUUCGUCUACCCCCUGGAUUUCGCCAGAACCCGGCUGGCUGCUGACGUCGGCAAAUCCGGCACGGAGCGGGAGUUCAAAGGCCUGGGAGACUGUCUGGUGAAGAUUACCAAGUCUGACGGCAUCCGGGGGCUGUACCAAGGCUUCAACGUCUCUGUGCAGGGCAUCAUCAUCUACCGGGCCGCGUACUUCGGCGUGUAUGACACCGCCAAAGGCAUGCUCCCCGACCCUAAGAACACGCACAUCGUGGUGAGCUGGAUGAUCGCGCAGACGGUGACGGCCGUGGCGGGCGUGGUCUCCUAUCCCUUCGACACCGUACGGCGGAGGAUGAUGAUGCAGUCGGGGCGCAAAGGAGCCGACAUCAUGUACAGGGGCACCUUGGACUGCUGGCGAAAGAUCUUCAAGGACGAGGGCGGCAGAGCGUUUUUUAAGGGUGCCUGGUCCAACGUGCUCCGCGGCAUGGGCGGCGCCUUCGUGCUGGUCCUGUAUGACGAGCUGAAGAAGGUCAUCUAGGCGCCCUGCCCACUCGCCACAGCGACCAACACCUCCACAUAGAGGAAUAUCUGUUACGGACCAUCGACCUUCGAGAAAUUCCAGUGUCCUCGCGGAGGGCUGGGGCGGCCCCGCAGAGGGCUCCUCGUGACCGUCGGCCCUGGGUCCAUGUAUUGAUUACGGGGGGAGGGUAAUCGUGACGUCUUCGUGGGUCCACAGGCGGUGAGGCACCUCUACCCGCCAGACCUAGAUUCCAGGUGCUUGUAGGACCGACUCGUGUUUAAGUAUUUAUUUAAGAAAAUCUCGUCUCCAUUUGUACUUAAGCACUAUUCUCUUUUGCACAGCCGAAUAUUUAGUUAUGUUCUAUGUCAGGCGUUCUGCUGCGAAACAAUAAAAUUAGGACACACGGA